AUGAACCGACAAGAAGUUAUAACAACUUUGCAAAACCAAAUAGGAGCGUUGGAGUGUCUUGAAGUCCGCAGUGUGCUCCAAACACUUUUAACACUUGUGGAAGACAUUUGUACGACCACUGUAAAACGAUCGGAGAGUUUGAUGAAAGGGAAUGACAAAGAAAAUAAAGAGAAAAAAAUUAUAGCGGAAAAGAAGAUAAUUCUCAAAGUUCCCAAACUCGAUGAAAAAGACGAGAGAACAGAAGAGACGCAAGAAAUGAGUCACGUCUCGACGUCCUCACAAAAUCAAUGCAAAGAGAAAAUCAAUGAAACACAUGAAAUAGAAUUAUCAGAGUUUAAGAUGAAAAAGCUCUCCACAAGUUCAAUUGAACAAUCAAUUGUUAAGAACCCAAUCAAAAAAAUCGACCGUUCAAAAAUAAUGACGUCAAAGAGAAGCCAGACGUACGAGUCGUCUGCAGGCAAUUUGUCACCACGUCUUGGAAAACAAAGUGCAUCGAUGCGGAGAAGCUUUAGAAGUAACCAACAAUACUCACAAAUAGCUUCUAAUAUGAAACUUCUCUCGAGCUGGACUGAGUUGGGAUGGAGUCAUGUUGUGUACGAUUCCAACAUCGCACCAAAGACAAACGACACCUUUAUUUCUUCGAUUUUGAAUCGCCCAAAUUUGCUUUUUAUAAAUUACGACGAUAAAGGAAAUGUUUUUGGAGUCUUCGUUCCCAUGAAAAUAGGAUAUACCAAUGAUUGGGUGAUUGACGGGUUCCACUUUGUGCUUUCACUCGAGUCCAACGGAAGAUACAGUGAGCCAAUUCGGUGGUUCAAAAAGACUGAAGUUGAGUCUGGAAUCUUCAUCUUUGAAAACGACGACAGGCUGUACUCUGUGGGGAAUGGGAAUGGCUUUUUCACGGUGUGGAAGGUCGGGAUGAAGGAGAGUUCGUGUAGGAAUCUGAGUGAGGUGUAUGAGGAGAUGGAAGAUGACGCAUUGACUGGGUCUGACUUUAAGACAAACCCCGAGAAGACAACUAUCGAUCGAGUAAUUGUCAUCCAGAUGAAGUGA